AUGCCUCCUCGUCCUUGGCAGAGGGGAUCCGGGAAUGGUCCCGACUCUAAUGGAGAGGCUCUGAUCUCGCAACCUCUGGGUCAGCGCUUCCCAGCCCCAGUCAAAGCUCACAUUGCCGCCGCCACCAGCGAGUUCGUCGGAACCUUUCUCUUCCUCCUGUUCGCCCUUGGUGCCACCCACGCCGUCAACUCGUCUCCAGCCGCCGCGGAUGAGUCAGAGGAUAUCUCCAGACUGCUCUAUAUCUCCUUGGCUUUCGCAAUGUCCCUGGCUGUCAACGUUUGGGCGUUUUUUCGCAUCGAGGGCGGCAUGUUCAAUCCUGCCGUUGCCCUUGCCAUGUUCGUCACGGGUGGUAUCAGCCUGCUACGUCUGGGCUUGGUCAUUGUCGCUCAGCUCCUUGGUAGCAUUGCUGCCUCCGCUCUCAUCGUCGGCCUCCUCCCCGGUGACGGCAUUGCUGCUACAACUGGACUCGCAGAAGACACCUCUGUUGUUCGUGGUCUGUUUCUCGAGGCAUUCCUGACUGCGGAACUGGUCUUUAUCAUCUUCAUGCUUGCAGCUGAGAAGCAUCGGGCCACCGCCGUAGCUCCUGUCGGCAUUGGACUGUGUCUCUUCAUCGCCGAAUUGAUGGGCGUCCGGUACACUGGUGGCAGCCUGAAUCCUGCACGGUCUUUCGGCCCCGCAGUUGUAUCAAAAAACGGCUUUCCCAGCUACCACUGGAUCUACUGGCUCGGCCCGUUCCUUGGCGCCUUGCUCGCUGCCGGAUUCUACAAGUUCGUCAAGGCUAUGGAGUUCGAUCAGAUAUCUCCCAACAUCGAUGAACCAGCUCCGAAGAAACCAGGCACACCGGCGGAGAAUAAUGGAGUCAACCACGAGCAGGGUGAGGCUUGA